AGCCAUCCCCGCUCCGGAGUGCCGAGAUCACUCACACAGCCCGCAGCCCCCGGCCUGCCGCCCCCGGGCCCCCGCGGGGAGCAGGGCCGACAAAUGGGAGUGCGGAGCUCGGACCCGGCGCAAGCAGCUCCACAGCACCCCCGGCACGACGGGCGGGACCCCCCCCAACCCCGUGCCGCUGCCACCCCCCGGGUUGCCCCCAUGGAUUUCCGAGCAGGAGACUCUUGGGGGAUCUUUGCCUUUCUGUGUGCCGCGCUCUGCAAUCUGCCAGCGGUGCCCGCGCUGAACGGCACGGAGGAGCUGGGUGCUGGCCAGUCCAUCCAGAAGACCUACGACCUGACCCGCUACCUGGAACACCAGCUCCGCACCCUUGCCGGCACUUACCUGAACUACCUGGGCCCGCCCUUCAAUGAGCCCGACUUCAACCCCCCGCGGCUGGCACGGGCCGAGCGGGUGCCCAGCGCCACGGUGGACUUGGACCUGUGGCGGGGCCUGACGGACAACGCGCGCCUGGCAGCCAACUACCGUGCCUACAGCCGCCUGCUGUGCUACCUGCGCGGCCUGGACGGCCAGGUGGGCACGGUGGAGCUGCGCCAUCGCCUCGGCCACUUCUGCUCCAGCCUGCAGGGCCUGGUGCUCAGCAUCGCCGGCGUCAUGUCUUCCCUGGGCUACCCGCUGCCGCCGGCCCCGCCGGACCCCCGCCCCCCCCCCGGCACCCCCGCGGCCCCCAACAACUUUCUGAAGAAGAUGGAUGACUUCUGGCUGCUGAAGGAGCUGCAGACGUGGCUGUGGCGCUCGGCCAAGGACUUCAACCGCCUCAAGAAGAAGGUGCCGCCGGCCGUGGUCACGCUACGCAUCGAGGCCAGGGGCUUCUGAGGGCCCCCACCCCACUGAGGGGGUCCCCACGGCCGUGGCCGCAUUGUGUCACUGCUUGGCCUUAACGGAUGGGGAUCCUGAUCCCAAAGUGCCACCAAAGCUAUUCCGUGCCCCCGCUGUCACCAUUGAGCCUUAACAGACGGAGAUCCUGACCCCACAGUGCUACCAAAGUCACCCCACGUAUUCCUCAUCGCCUCGCUGUGCCUUGAGAGAUGGAGCUCCCAAUCCCAAAGUGCCACCAAAGCCACUCCACGUCCCCGCCGUCACCGCUGUGUGUUAAUGGACAGGUCUUCUGAUCCCAAAGUGCCACGAGAGCCACUCCACGUCCCCGCCGUCGCCAAUGAGCUUUAACAGAUGGGGCUCUGGACUCUGAAGUGCCACCGAAGCCACCCCACACCCUUUCUAUCCCCCGAGUGUCAUCAGAGCCACCCCACAUCCCCAGCAUCACUGCUGUUCGUUAAGGGACAGGUCUUCUGAUCCCAAAGUGCCACCAAAGCCUUCCCACGUCACCGCCAUGCCUUAACAGAUGGCCUUUCCAUCCCAAAGGGCCACCAAAACCACCCCACAUAUUGCCGUGCCUUGACAGAUGGAUGGGAUUCCCGAUCCCAGAGUGCCACCGAAGCCACUCCGUGCCCCCACCAUCACCACUAGGUCUUAAGGGAUGGGAAUCUUGAUCCCAAAGUGCCACCAAAGCCACCCGGCAUCCCCCCAUCACCACUGUGCCUUAACGGAUGGGGCUCCUGACCACAGAGCCCUAAGGCCCAGGGCUCCCAGCCCCCGCAGGCCUCCCCACAUCGCCCCACAGCGCCUUAAGGGACGGGCGCUCGGCCCCAGAGGGCCACCGUGGUGUCCCAUCACCCCGCCACGCCCCGGGGGACGGCCUCCUGCCCCCAGGCGCGGCCAGUGCCGCCCUGCCAUCACCUUGCGGUGCGCUGACACAGCGGGUGGUGACGCCGUGCUGUCCCCGCGGCCGUGCUGUCCCACCCGCCGCCCCGCGGCAGCAGUAAGCCCCGCUCGGCCGUGAACGGACCAACCCUCCCUUGCGUAGGAAUAGGCCCCGCCCCGGGAGCAGUAGGCCCCGCCCCCAGUGCAGUAAGCCCCGCCCACACCGCCCGCACAGCUGGGUGCCCGGGGCCCCGCCUCCAUCCCCACCGUUGCCUAGCUAGCCGAGGGCCCCGCCCACUGGCCCUGGGGGCGGGGCUUGUCCUGGGGGCGGGGGCGGGGCGGAGCCCCAUGGCCGCCGUCUCGGUGCGUCUACGCGUGUUUAUUUAUUGGAGAUGUUAUUUAUUAGGGUAUUUAUUGCAGAAGAUCUAUUCUUGUAUUAACGAAUAAAAGCCUUUCUCCAGUGCCGGUGCCCUCGGUGGGGGCGGAAACUCCCAGGGGUGGGAGCUGG